CACUUGUAGCACAUGCGGAUGGCAAGCGAGUACGUUCGGUCUUUUUCUCUUCAAAUGUAAGUGAUUCCGUGCAGGAGAGAUAAGAUUUACAGAAACAAGAUCUAGUAAACGAGAGGAAGUGUGCAGAAGCAAGCGAAGAGUGCCACUGAAAAGGAAGAGAUAUGGAGAGAUGCCAAGAAGAGGAAACAAGCCAAUGAAAAACACUAUGGUCACCGUGGAGAUAAAUUAAUCAUAAAUUUGUUGACUGACGCGUCCGCCCUGGUUGUCAGUGCAUCCAAGACUCCACAGGGCACUUAUCCAAGCAAUACAUACUCUACACCACCAGCACUGUAACCAAAUUAUACCAAGCCACGUCAUGCCAACAAACUAAACAACAUAGAAACAUGUGUCGCACUUGGGUGGAGGUGCUGGCGGCAGUGGUAGUAGUGGUGUCAGUAGCAGUAACAGUGAGCGGUGUGGCAGAGAGAGACUCAGACUUCUACCUGAACCGUUGGAAUGACAAAAACAGUGGCAAAAGUAAGGCUAUUGCCCAAGAGAAUCCGACAGCACAGAUCCCCUCUCCUCUACUAAGCCCUUGGUCUCGUCUGACCCCCGGAGCGACUGGGAAACUGAUUCUGACCGCCGCCGGAACCUCAAACACCACCACACAGAUUCCGGAUGACGCUCAGCUGCUCCCUCCGUCACUGGUAGACCCUCCUUCCACCUCCCCCACCUUCCGCAACUCGAGCGAAAGGGACCCCAAACUGCUGAAGCUCUCUGUGUCGCCCAUGCUCUCCCUAUUCAACAUACGACGCGUCGCCAACACGCCUUGCCUCUCCUCCUCGGGUGAGAACGGCACUUGCUACAAUGCGAGAGAGUGUAAGAGAUUAGGCGGCGUCACCUCGGGCAGCUGCAAGACUGGCGGGAACUGCUGCGUUUUCCAGGUCUCUUGCGGUGGACUGGUGACCCAAAACUGCACUUAUUUUGUCAAUGGAAACUAUCCCAAGCCCUUUGAUGGUGUGGGCUCGUGCCAGCUUACUGUUAACAAGGUCAACCCCUCUGUGUGCCAGCUCAGGUUGGACUUCGACUCCCUUGUUUUAUCAGGGCCAGAGACGACGGACCACCGCUGCCUCAACGACCGCUUCACCGUGUCAGGCGGCAGCUCCACCCCCAUCAUCUGUGGCACCAGCACCGGCAACCACAUGUAUGUGGAUCUGGGGCGCACCAGCAACACCCAGGCCGUGCUGACGGUCAUCACCAUGGGACCCGCCUUUGAGCGCAGCUGGAAGGUGAAGGUGUCCCAGAUUCCCUGCAACACCGACUACACUGCUCCCAGUGGAUGCCUGCAGUACUACCAGGGUGUGACGGGCCAGAUUAAGACUUACAACUACGACGUGAGCACCGGACUGCAGCUCUCCAAUCAAGACUAUACCUCCUGCGUGCGUACCGAGAGGAAUUUCUGUGGCAUUCAAUAUACGGCUUGCGCGGAUACCGUAAACGUCGAUUCCGAGUCCUUCAGUUUGACUGGCAGCCCGACAACGCAAGUGGGGGCCGUGGUGGGGCAAGCAAACUGUCCAAACGACUGGCUAAUCAUUCCCUGCCUGUCUGACUCCUCCGUUGAUCCCACUACCAAUUGCGUGGACAGAAUUUGCGGAGACGCCUUUAACGUGCGAGAGGGAGUCACCGUUGGAGACACCGUGUUGUACAGUUUUGUGAAGCCGUUUAUGCUGGUCUAUCACACUGAUGACACCGAGGGCAACGCUGCCAUCCAAGAAGUGGGGAAUCGCGGUUACUGUAUCAACUACGUACAGCAGCCGUGUGUGUGAGGCAGCGGGGAUUGUCCUGGUGGAAGUAGUACUACUGAUCUUCCUUUUUGGCUGUUUAUUUUUUUAUUUAUUUACUUAUUUAUUAUACUUGCCAAUAUUCUUAGAUAGCAAAGGCUACGGAGUACAGAUACGAAUAGUCAGAUUUUCAUGGUAAUAUGUUUUAUUUCACUAGCCCAUACUUUUUAAACAGUAGAACACGAUGCCUUUUUCUUUUUCACUUUUUUACUUCCAUGAGGAAUAUUUACAAGCUUUACGGACAUCCGUUACUUUUUUCUUUAUAUUUUUGUUGAGGAUGUAAAGAUGUUAAAUUACUAAAAGGAUCAUGCCAACGCAGUAUUCUCGUAGAUAUCUUUUUUACUACAGUGGUAGAACUGUUAAACAAUAAACACCCUUGAAAAUCCAUGUAGCUCGCAGUGCAGCGUGUAGGAAAAGACGCUUAAUUAUUAGUUUAAAAAUACGGUCUCUUAGAAUGGAUAUAUAAUGAAGACAGGCGUUAUUCGUUAUAAAAUUUCAGUCAUGAAGAUGCACUGUGUUGUGGUGAGGCUGAUACUGUCAUGUGAUCAAUUUGUUACAUGAAAUAGAUGAUAAUA